UCAACCACGGUCGCGACCAAUAAAACUGCCAGCGAACUGCAGUUUCCCUUGUAAUGCUGUGAUUAAUUCUGGUACAAAGUUACGAAAAUACCGUCUAAAAGCGUGCAAGGAGUAGGUGUGAAGUGUCGCGGACAUGGAAAGGUGCCGGGAAUAGAUUGGAUUGAUCGUAUUUACGCUUGAGAAGCAUAAAACAUAACCUUACUAUAUUGACGUUUGGGCGAAUAUAUAAGUGUCAAAUUAUAAUAACAACUAUUGGAACGGGCAUCGGAUAAUCAACUGCCGUACUGGCGAUUAUAAUUUUCGUAUUACGGGUAAAUGUAAAUAUAAAACAACAACAACAAUGUCCACAUCAAACCAAUACCACCUAAGGGAAACGGAACACCAAAGGUUUCAAUCUACUAGCAGUGCUGAAGAAGAGAAUGAAACAGGCUCCGAAGAUGAACAGCCAAUGUACCAGUUUAAUUAUGUUAGUGAGAACUAUGUUGGUGAACAAAGGACAGUUAAAAGGAGAGGCCAUCUGCCAAAAGAUUCAGUUAAAAUCCUUAAAAACUGGCUUUAUGAACACAUGUUCAAUGCUUACCCAUCCGAAAUUGAGAAACACAUAUUGUCCCAAGAAACAAACCUCACUGUUCUUCAGAUCAGCAACUGGUUUAUCAAUGCAAGGAGAAGAUACCUUCCCGAAAUGAUGCGACGCGAGGGCUACGACUCAAUGCACUACACGAUCACGCGAAGGCGAAGGGCGGCGGCUCGUCGCGGCAACGGCGAUGUGUACCACAAGGGUAGCAAGCUGCUACGAAUGGACGGCGGCAGCGAAGACAGCGACGACUAUGACGAGACGACGAACGGCUACACAGAGGAGACUGAGGGUGACGAGCAAGUGCGAAAGUUCAAUCCGUGGCAGGCCGACAUUCAUUACGGUCUCACCGUUAAUCCUUCAGAUAAAGGAGGGUCUGAGGCGUUAGAGGUGGGACACACGGAAGAAGUGGAGAGUUCAAGUGAGGCGACGACCGCAUCCAACUUGUUGGUGGUUAAAACGUCAUCGGGGAAGAAUGUUUUUCUUAAAGUUUUACCGCAAGGCAGCAAAUCAAAUUCUAGUUUUGUGUUGCCGAAAACGUACCUGCUUAAGUCUAGCAACUUAUUGAAACAGCCCACGUCGACCAAUGUGCAUGUUCUGCAGCAGAACGAGGAAGAUGAGGAGUCGCAAGAUGCGCACAUCAACGAUGAACUGAAUUACACUGAGGAAGUGGAGGAGCAGGAAGUUGUGGAGACUGAGGAGGUGCCGCACCUGUUGACGGAUGGAAUCGAGGAGGAGGUCCUUGAAGAUCAAGUUGUACAGGAGGAUGGUGUGGUCAUAGAAGACGGCACCUUCCUUAGUGAGAACAUUUUCGAAACGGCCUUCGUUCCGGAAACUGAAGAAGUGUUUGUGAACGAAGUCACACUGGAGGACAAUGUUAAUGAAGUGACCAUCGAGGAAAACGUAGCAAACGAAGUGACUAUAGACAAUGAUAUCUCCAAUAUCCAUGAGAUAACUGUAGAAGAUGAGGUUAUAGUGAAGGAAGAAAUGUUAGAUAUGUUACAGGAAUAAUUUAGAGCACCUAAUUUAAUGAUUUAUUUAUUUGAUUAUGAAUUAUUUUUGGUUAAGAUGCCAGUUGGCUUUUGAAGCCUAUGUGGAAAGUAACUGAUCUCCAAUGGCAUCUUGUAAGUCUUUAAAUAUUACAGUUUUUUAUAGAAUCACACACGAAAUUGAAUAUUAAUGAUUUAACAGAUCUAUUAUCAAAAAAAAAAAAAAAAAGAAACUGUCUUAUAUAAAGGUUCUACCCUUGCUUACAUGUAUGCCAAUAUUCAAGAAUUAUGGAAUAAUUUAUAUGGUGUAUUUUAUUUUGUAAAGCUAGUAAAAAUUUUGAUGUAAAGUUAAUUUGUUUGUUAAUGAACGAUGCCGUAAAGAUAGUGAAAUAGAAUAUUUUUUAUAAAGCUGUUAUUGAUUUUCCAUCAUUAAUUUGUCUUUAAAUUUGGUCAACUAACUUGAUUGUACAAAGGAGACCGACCCAACAAUUUACACAAUUAUACAAUACUAUACGUAAAAUGUAAUGUUCCCAUUUUUAUUUGAUUCAAAUAAAAUUUUUGGAAUGCGUAACGUAA